AUGUGUAUCACCUCCAUCACAUUAUUGAAACUAAUAAUUGAGGUUUAUGAGGGAUUUGACAAUGUGAAUGUGGUGGUUGAUGUGGGUGGUGGAGUAGGGAAAACUCUUGAGUUGAUCACUUUCAAACACCCUACCAUUAAGGGUAUUAACUUUGAUUUACCACAUGUGAUAGCUGAUGCACCACCUUAUCCUGGGGUGGAGCAUGUUGUAGGUGAAAUGUUUUUGAGUGUUCCAAAAGGGGACAUCAUCUUUAUGAAGACCGUACUUCAUAACUGGGGUGAUGAGCAUUGCUUGAGUAUAUUGAAGAAUUGCUAUGAAUCCCUACCAGAAAAUGGGAAGGUGGUUGUUUUGGAGACGAUUGUUCCAGAGAUACCUGAGACUACUUUGCUAGCAAAAACUACACUUGGAAUGGAUUUGGUUAUGAUGACACAACACAUGGGAGGUAAGGAGAGGACUGAGAAGGAAUACAAGGCCUCGGCAAGUGGUGCUGGAUUUAGUGGCGUUACACUCGUCUUUCGUCUUGCUGCCUUCUCUGUCAUGGAAUUCUAUAAAUAGAUAUGUGAAAACCCUA